AUGAGCUUGGUGUCCUCAGAAGAUGACUUGCGCAGCAAAGCUUUGUCACGUUUCCGAACGAUGGUCCUCAUGGACCCUAAUGCCACAAGGCUGGGCAGGACGCUGGUCAAUUUUGCAGGCUCCCUGGAACCAGCUGAGGUAAUUACGCAGAUCUUUUCGGAUGUAUUUGCCCCAAAGAGUACAGGCACCCUCAUGAAGAGGUCCCACUCUCUUUGGACCUUCUGCAAGUUUCUACGCUCGAAGCAACAGGGCAAUCCUUUUUCUCAGCGAGAAGCGACUAUCUAUCAGUUCCUGUGCUUCAUGAGGAGCUCAAAUUUCGGGGCCACUGCCCCCAGUCAUUUCUUGGAGGCGAUGCGAUUUGCAGAUGCUAUGCUUGGUUUCGUGCAGCCCUUAGAAAUCACUCCCAGGAUCAAGGGGGCGGCGCAUGCACAAUAUGUUACAAAACGCAGACGCAAACCUGCCAGAGUACUCACGCUGGACAUGGUGAAGGAGUUGGAACGCAUCUGCAUCCACGGCGAUCUUCUUAGAAACCGUGUCCUUGCCGGCAGCAUGUUGUUUUGCAUCUUUGCAGGGUCCAGAUGGCAUGACUCCCUGUUCGUUGCAACAAUGCAGGUUGCCAAGCAUGCAGACAUUGUGUUGCUGGAGGCCGACACAUCCAGGCACAAGACUUCCUUGACCAAGGAACUACAGGCUGAGCUGCUGCCCUUCACGGCCGUGGCAACUGCCUUUGAUGAUGCUUCCUGGGGUGAGUCUUUUGCAACUGCUCGUCAGGACGCAGGUUUUCAGUCAGCUCCUUUCUUUACAAUGUCUUGGUCAGAUGUUCAUUCAACAUGGUCUGGCAGCAGGAUGAGUACAGGUGAAGCGACAUGUUGGCUCAGGGAAUUGCUACAACCGGCUUUCGGACGGACAGAGGUGGAGAGCCUCACGAUACAUGGAUGCAAGGCUACUCUGCUUAGCUGGUGUGCGAAAUCCCUGAUGUUCACGCCUGACGAACAAUCCCUUUUGGGACAUCACGUCCCGGGGCAACACAAGUCCGCUCUCCUGUAUUCACGUGACACUCAAAUUGCCUUGUGCGCCAAGAUUCAUGUCAUGUUGCAAAGGAUGAGGAACAACUCCUUCAAUCCGGACAAGCCCCGAGCUGAGAGGCUGUUUGAGCUUGUUGGCCAUGCUGCCUCGGAAGUUGAGAAGCCAAGUGAGACGUCUCAGCGAAGUGAAACUAGUAGCUCUAGUUCUUCCGACUGCGAUAUUUCAGAUUCGGUUUCAGACGACUCGGCAGAUGUCAAAGAAAACCUUGACCGUUCUCUCCCCGAAGGGUGUGAGGGCGAAAACCUUUGGGUCCACAAGUUUUCGAGCGUGGUGCACCAUGUCAAACAUGAUGACGACACGCGUUUGAUGUGUGGAAGGUCAAUAUCCUGUAAUUUCAGGAAAGCGAAGCAUCAGGACAUCUCAGAUGCUCCCAUGGCGUCCUUUCAGCUGAGAGCCAAAGAAAUUGGUAUAUCGGAGGAGCACAUCACGGCCUUGGAGGGUAAUGGUAUUAGUACUUUUGCUGCAUACGCGUAUUGCACAACAUUCCAGCCAGGGCAGGCGGAUGACCGGCCAUUGCUGACGUUUGUGGAACAGGUCAUUGGUGUCGCUCCUACCGCCGGGGAAGCAGCCGCGUUUCGCCGGCUGUUUUUCGAGUCGCACGCGUUGAGCAUUCAGGAUCUCAAGUCGAGGUUGGAGCGAUCCGAGAGCUCAGAAGCUCGGACAGUCCCACUUCCGGAAAAGAUGGAACGCAUCAGACAGCUGAAAACCCGUCUCACUGGAGUUUCUUUCACGCCGCAAGUGGAGCCUUCACAUGCGUUGAUCGACAAAGCGUGCCAGCAGUUUGAUGAUGGAUGCGUGUCCUACAUACCCCUGCACAAGUGCACCAGCAGGCAGGACGAGACGCUCCAUAGCAAACAAGUUGAUGGCCUUCACAUGCAGUCAGAUGGUACAGUCAGAUUGUCCAAGAGGUCCAGGACGGACGACGUUAGCCUUCAUGGUGAGCACAACAUCAGACAAGCGUUCGCUAGAAGGUCUAUGGCCUAUGAAAUUGCCAACGUGGCCAGCUUCACCACUUUGGAUCGUUGGACACAACGCCUCAUGGAAAAGAUGAACGAACCGGCGCUGCCAGGUUACAAGCCAAUAUCCUUUGACCAGGUGCUCAACGCGGAUAGGGCCUUAUGGGUCAAAGUGGCAGAUGCGACACGGUCUAACCUGGUUGGAGACCCGCUUGCGACCAAGCCCUUUGAUGCAGCUUUUGAGCGGCUUUCAGAUCACCCGGAGAUUUUGUGCUACAUCGCCCCGAUGCCUGGAUCCUUUCAGAGGCCACAGCACGACAGCUCCACCAGCGUACAGUGCGAUGACGUCGAGUUCUCGUUUUUCUUCAACUCGUUGGAUGCUGUUGUCUUUGACUCUUGCAUGCAUGGUGGAAG